UGUCCAGCCAUGUCCCCUGUCAGCCCUGUGUGGCCGAGAAAGCCAAACCUAUGGGUAUUCUGGGUACUGCGGCUGGUGCUAUUGCUGUCGUUGAAGACAUGGGCGAUGGAAGACGUUUUGCAGCAUUGUACCUGGCGUCUUGUCCUGAACAAGUUCAGUAAGGUAGGCUUGCAUCUCUCCAAGGAUCGAUUUCACGAUCAGGAGCCCAUCGAUGCAGUGUCCGAGGUGUUCCAUAAGUUGACAGACUCACCAGUCGAUCCAGAAGAGAAAUAUCUGAGCUUUCCUUACUACCUGCAAAUCAACUUUACCUGUCCGGGACAGAGUAGCGAGGAGCUGGCCCGAAAGGGCCACCUGAUGGGAAUGAAGCCCCUGGUCCUGAUCAACUACAUGCACUCAGUCAACUUUUACCAGUGGAAGAUGGAAAAUCUGCAGGUUCUGAUGGAGGCUGCUCCAAUGCGCAGCACAGGGUACUGCCUGGCUGAGGCCAUGUGCGUCCUGAACUGGUACACACCCAUGCCCGUGAGAAAUGGCUCUGUGGUCUCCUCAGUGGACAUCUAUACCAAUGGCAUAGGACCCUUCAUUCCCAAGAAAAGGUUCUAUGUGAAUAUGAAUGGCUUCUUGACGAGAGAUGCAAGUGGUAAAGCCAUCUUCACCAUAGGAUAUGAGAGCCUUGUUCUGAAGUCAGCUUACUUUAAGUCUGUGGGAUCAAGGCCUCUGUGGUACACUGUGAACCACGCACCCGUGCUCAUCCUUGGGGGCUUUGAUAAUGAAAAGGCCAUCCUGCUUUCAGACUCUAAUUUCCAGGACUAUGUUUUCUUGGAGCUGAGUAUUGACAGUUGCUGGGUUGGCUCCUUCUACUGUCCCACUCUUGGCUUCUCGGCCACUAUCCAUGAUGCCAUUGCCACCGAGAGUACACUCUUCAUUCGACAGAACCAGCUCGUCUACUAUUACACAGGCGCCUACAGCACGCUCUAUGACAAAAACCGCCGCAGCCGUAGCUGGGUUCGUGUCCUGCCUAGCGAAUGCAUCAAGAAACUGUGUCCAGUGUUUGUCAGUGGCAAUGGUUCUGAGUACAUCCUAGCCCUCACCACUGGCAAGAAUGAGGGUUAUAUUCACAUCGGGACCAUCACAGAGGGCCUUGUGUCCUUCCAGAUGGUGCCGGAAGACUGGUCAGUGUGUCAAAAGUUACCAGGUAACAACUGCACCAUCGACUGGGCUACAUACAUUGCCGAUGAGAGAAACCUGCUGUUGUUAGUGAAAAUUGUCACCGGGCAAUUUUACCUAGUCAACUUUAAUUUAGAGUUCAAGACUCUGAAAAUCCUCUACGAAAUACCAAAGUUUAUCCCUGAAGGUCAGCAAAUGGACUUCUUGGUGCUCCUUGGUACAGAGACCUACACCACCACUCCUAUGAAACCCAAGGGCUUAUACUUCAACACACUGAACAACAUGUUGUACAUCUGGGGCAACUUCAUCCUGCAAAGCUACGAUAGGGAACACUUCAUUUUUCUGGUGGACUUCCCCAAGGAGUCCACCAUCAAAUACAUGAUCAACUCUUACAAUGGACAUAUGGCUGCUGUCACAGAAAAUGAAGAGAUCUGGUACUUUCUGGAGGGUGGCUAUGAUGUAUACAAGGUGGUCCCAUCCCAAGGCUGGACCACCUACAUUAACCUGCAGAAGAUGCAAGACUCUCCUGAUUAUUCGAAUGUUGAGUCCUUGGUUUCCCUCUUCUAUCAGGAUGGGAAGCUCUAUGAGCUGGUCUAUCUUUUCGAUGUCGGAAAAGAAUGUUUGGUCAAGAGGCUCCUGCCUGUUGGGACGUUGAUGGAAUAUGACCUGCCCAAACCCUUCUCAGUGCUUAACAGAGGGGACCACAAGUUGAUCUCCUUCACCCACAUAUGCCCUUUCAAGGAGGUUCAUAUAGUCGAUGUGCCCAAAAAGCAGCACAUGGCACGCAAGGAAAGUUACCUGGCUCUGCCACCUCUGGUCUCUGAGUCCUUGGGCAUCCACAACAACAACACACUGGCUGUCUACCAGGGCCUGGUCUACUACCUGCUGUGGCUGCACGCCAAGUAUGAUAAGCCCUACGCAGACCCAGUGCAUGAUCCCACCUGGCGCUGGUGGCAACACAAAACAAAGUACAAGGAUUACUACUUUUACCUGUUCAGCAACCGGCUGGCGGCUGAAGGCAUGUACAUAGACAUGGAUGCCUACCAAAAGCUCUACAACAUCUCAGGCGACUACGGAAUGCCCGACCUUGUCUUCCUAGACAAGGGCAACUGGUUUAGCUUCACUUUGGUCUUAUUGUCGCAUGAGGACACCUUCACAAGUGCUGAUAGCCAAGGAGCCACUAUUGAUGUUGACAAGAAGCUGGCAGUGGCUCUGGUGAUGUCAGAUCCUGAGUGCCUCUCAGGAACUGUGACUCAGGAGGUCCUUCUUAAUCGCAAUGCGGUGCUCAACAAGAUUAAAGUCAGAGACGAAAAGAGAUGCUCUGAACAGGGCAUGGUCGGACAUAACAUCAAGAAGACCUCCAUGCUAAUCAAGAUCUUGGGCGCUUCUGGGAGAUGCUUACUAACCACAUACCUUGGGGCAGAAGUGCAAGGUUUCCUGAUGGUACCAAUAUUCAUCGGCUGUCCACCUGGCAAGCGCUUGGCCUUUGAUGUUUCCUACACGAUUAUGCAUUCUGAGCAGAUAAACAAGCACUAUUUCGACUGUGUGACUAAGGAAGCAGAGAUGCCGUGCUUCCUCUUUCGUGACAUAUUCCAGCCUUUCUUCUUAGUCCAAGACAUGGUGACGGGAGACUCUGGCAGUUUCUUGGGCAGUUACGUGCUGAAGGUGGUGGGCGGUGGUCAGACAAAGGAAACCAUCAGAGACUACACAGAAGAAGAGAUCUUCCGUUACAACAGCCCGCUGGACACAACAAAUAGCCUCAUCUGGAAAACAAAGCUUGAAAGGACCACGGAAGACAAAAAGUUCUACAUAAUGUCCUAUCAGAGCCCUGGGAUUGAGUGGCUGUGUUUGGAGAACUCCCCUUGCUACGACAUCACCCCCCAAAGCAUCUUUCCACCUGAAUUCUUCCUCAAGUUGUUAGUGAGCAAUAGAGGUGUAGACAAUAGCACAUACUGUGACUACCAGCUCACCUUUAUACUGCACAUCCAUGGGCUACCGCUCAGUAGCAAACGGUCCUUCCAGGUUGUUGUUGUGUCUUCCACCCUCUUUAUAAUCCUGGUUGUCAUCUACAUCUUGUUCUGCAUCCUGUGGCCUCACAUAGUAAAGGCCUGGGACACACUACGCUGGAGGAUGAAAAACAUGAUGGCGUCAGAGUCCUACUAUACGUAUGCCACCUCCACUGCGGGCUUCAGCAUCCAGUCUCACAGCUCAGUGGAAAGCUUCAAGGGUCCCUCCAGGGCAGGUUCCAAAGAGGACCAUGUUCAAGCUAAGAAAGCAUAGGUGGCCUAAGUCUCUGGUCUGUACACUUCCUCAUAAACUCUUAGGCCUCUCUCCAUGGCAAUGCAGCCUGCCACCUACCCAGCAUCUUCUGGUUUGCUAGAAUGUUCAUGUCUCAUUCAGACCCUAA